CAGCAGUGGAUCGGUCGGGUGCUGUUUACCAGGGACAGCAGGGGGAGGCCUCGGCUCAUCGGUGAGCUGAAUCUCUGGUGGUACCCCCCCAAACCCGGCCGAUCUACCACCAGCCUCCCACGUCCCCCGACCCCUUCUUUGCAUGUCGGCUGUUCUUCUGGAUGCCACACCGGAUCUGGCAUCUGCAGCUGACAUGCCCCCAGCCUUUGUCAUGGACCCUGUGCACAAAGGCUGGGGGAAAGGAGCACUUAACAAAUCCUCUGCUUCCUGUUUUUGCUCUGUGACAGGAGAGCUCAUCGGGGUGGAGUUCCUCUACUGGCAGAUGGGCAGAGUGCUUGAGGACGUCAGCUUGGACCCUGACACUCCGGACGAGGCUGCUGGCAUCCAGUCGCUCGAGGAGGUGGAUGGGGGUAUCGAGGAGGACGUUGAGGACCCCACCGUCUUCCAGCCCGAUACCCCGUCCACCAGCGCAGCGGCGGCACCCUGGUCAGGUGAUCCAGCUGACGCACCCAGGUCUGAGCCAUCCGGUCCGACCGCCCCUGACCAAGAUGCCCCUCCCGAGGCCCCUGAGGUUCAAGCUCCUGCUCCCCAGCAGCCCUCCUCAGACUCUGAGGAGGAGAUGCAGGGUCGUGACGGCCAGCCGGGAUAUCAGCAUGUCCUGAAGCCGGCCCAGGCCCUGCUGGAAGCACGGAGCCUUCAGGGGCUUUCUGACAGGAGAGUGGACAGACUCAUCGCAACGCCUGCCAGAGCAGGACAAACAGAGAGUCGUCUACCCUCCCAGCCCGAGGUUGAUGGCUCAGACCGAAAUCCAGCUCUUUGAGCUGAACCAGAGGACCCUGUCCCGAUGGUUCUCUCGACGCCAGAAAGAGAGGGGGAGGGCUGUGCUGGAGCAGGGAACUGGUGUCGUCCCUGCUCCAGCUGUUGCUCUCCAGCCUCUCCUCCAGCGAAAGGGCUGUCCUCUGUGCAGGUGGGACAAGGACAGCCCUUUCACUUUGACGUCCCCGAGGAGCAGCCGGGACUGUCUAAUUGGGGUCUGCUUCCUCGCCCUCCCACUCCAGAUGAGGAGCUGCCCGGUCCCUCACAUGGUGGCCUUCUCCCUCCUCCUCCAGCACCGCUCCACCCACCGACACCGUCACGUCUGCCCCUGCUGCUCAGCCUCCUCCUCUUCCUGCAGCCCAGCGUGUGCCCAGGACCACGGCAUACAGGAAGAGAAAGGCGGCCCAAGCGGCUGCUGCGGGGGGGGUCACGCUGCCCGGCAGACGUUACAGUACACCUGCAGCAAGUGUGGCCAGCCCUAGAGGAUCGACACUGGCCACACUCGCAUUGCAGGUGUGUCUUACUGUGCGGCUGUCGGAGGGAAAACUGUGGAGGACUGUAUGGAGGAGAUGAAGAGGAGACCAGUAGGGGACAGAGGGGGACUGAGGGACU